ACAGUAUUUCUCAAGGGAUAUCCGUGGGCACGUGAUGCAAGUUGACAAGGUGACAAUAAUGCAAGUAUGGAGGCCGAAGAAUAGAAAAUAAAAAAAUGGAGGAAUAGAGAGAGUGGUUUUAGAGAGAGAGAGGGAGGGAGGGGAGGAGUGAAGAACUCGAGGUGUAUUUAAAAAUGGAGAGAGGAGAGAGGGAGAAGAAUCGCCGCUGUCAUUUGCAGAAAGAGAUAAGGCUCUGAGAACCUGGGUAUUGCUCUUUAGAGAGAGAAACACAAGCCCAUAUAAGUGUUUUCUCUGGUAGAGAGAGAUAGGGAUCAAAAGUGUUCGUUCUUUUUGCUCUCAGAGAAUGGCGCUAGGAGAGGCGGUGAAGAACAUGCAGAUCAUAUUGAAAAACUAUGUGACUGGUUCUCCGAAAGAGACGGACUUCGAAAUGGUGCCAAGCUCUCUGAAACUGAAGGUACCAGAAGGGUCUAGGGGAGUUUUGGUGAAGAAUCUCUACCUCUCUUGUGACCCUUACCUGAGGUUUAGCAUGUCGAAACCGAAAACCCCAAGCUAUUCCUCUGAUUCCAAGCCUGGCUCUAUCAUGAGUAGUUUUGGAGUAUCUAAAGUCCUGGAUUCCAGGCAUCCUGCUUUUAAGGAAGGUGACUUGGUUUGGGGAAUCACCAGAUGGGAAGAGUUCUGCUUGAUAACAGAGACUGAAACACUUNNNNAAUUGGAGACAAGAAUAUUGAAGAUCUUUCAUUGUUGCACAUUGUCUUUAGGUAUGCCUGGACUGACAGCCUAUGCAGGAUUUUUUGAGGUUUGUUCCCCUAAGAAAGGAGAGCGUGUAUUUAUCUCAGCAGCUUCAGGAGCAGUUGGCCAACUUGUCGGCCAAUUUGCUAAGUCGAUAGGCUGCUAUGUUGUUGGUAGCGCUGGUUCCAAAGAUAAGGUUAAUAUGUUGAAGACGAAGUUUGGGUUUGAUGAAGCUUUCAAUUAUAAAGAAGAGCAUGACUUGGCUGCUGCAUUGAAAAGGUACUUCCCUGAAGGCAUAGACAUCUACUUUGAGAAUGUUGGUGGAGCCAUGCUUGAAGCUGUGCUUUUAAACAUGAGAUACCAUGGCCGAAUUGCAGUUUGUGGAAUGAUCUCUGAAUACAACCAAGAGGAGCCAGCAGGUGUACGCAACCUAUUAAACAUUAUGUCGAAGCGCAUUCGAAUGGAAGGGUUUGUAAUAUUCGAUUAUUGGCACUUGUACCCUCAGUUCCUAGAGAGGACUACUAAGGGCAUCAAAGAAGGGAAGAUAGUUUAUAUUGAAGACAUUACAGAAGGUCUCGAGAAUGCACCCUCGGCUUUCAUUAAACUCUUCACUGGCGAGAAUGUUGGCAAAGUAGUAGUUGAAGUUGCUCGCGAAUAAUUUAUAUUGUUACAUAAUGUUUGAUACUAUAGCUCCUAAAAUAAAGGCUUAAACAUUGAUAUUAUGCUUUUGUAAAUUUGGUUUAAAGUUUGGAUUUGAGACUCUUUUAUGUGUUGGAUUUGUGCUAGUGUUGAAGGCCUAUUAAAUUGUACUAGAGAAUAAGGCAUCUUUUUUUACCUGAAGUUUGAA